UAAACGUCAGAAACAGUGUAUCCAAUCAUAAUAUCUGACGCACGUAUGUUUACUUCCGGAUAUACAUGGUACCUGUUCUUGAAAGCCCAUAUUGUUUCCUCAUAUCCAUGAACUUGUGUGGAAUGUGGAAGAGGCUCUCAGUAUUCGCAAUUUCAUCUUUUCUGAAUAAAGAAGGCGAUACUCGGUUAUCUAGCCUACAUUGCUAACAUGCAGGGAAUAAGAUUUGUGUGUUUUGUAGAAAUGUAUUUCGCCGUCCGUGGUCGUCUGAUGUCAGACUUGAUGACAAAACAGUUGUCAUCACUGGAGCUAAUACCGGAAUCGGGAAAGAAACUGCUAUUGAUCUGGCUAAGAGGGGUGCAAGGAUAAUCAUGGCAUGCCGAGAUAUGGAAAGAGCCAGUACUGCACUGAAAGAGGUUACAGAGGCUUCUGGAAACCAAAAUGUGAUUAUAAAAAAACUGGAUUUGUCAGAUACAAUAUCAAUUCGGGAGUUUGCGGAGUUGAUCAAUAAGGAGGAGAAGCAGCUGAAUAUUCUUAUCAACAAUGCUGGAGUGAUGGUGUGUCCCUAUGGAAAAACAGCAGAUGGCUUUGAGAUGCAGAUCGGUGUGAAUCACAUGGGACAUUUCCUUUUGACCUACCUGCUCCUGGACCUUAUCAAAAAAUCCGCCCCUGCCAGGAUCGUCACUGUGUCCUCUAUGGCCCAUUCAUGGGGCACCAUCAACCUGGAGGACAUCAACAGUGAGAAGAGCUACGACAAGAAGGCAGCUUAUAGCCAGAGCAAGCUGGCCAAUGUGCUGUUCACGCGCUCACUGGCCAUGAAGCUGAAAGGCGCCGGGGUGACCGCAUAUUCCCUGCACCCUGGAGUGGUGCAGACAGACCUAUGGAGACAUCUCAACAAAGCUCAACAGGCCGUCAUGUGGAUGGUCAGCCCCUUCACCAAGACCUCUGUGCAGGGAGCUCAGACCUCCAUCUACUGUGCUGUGGCCCCUGAAUUGGCAACAGAGAGUGGUGGAUACUACAGUGACUGUGCUCCAGCAACCUGUUCCACUCUUGGCUCUGAUGACACUCUGGCCCAGCGCCUGUGGGACCUCAGCUGCAAGAUGCUCAAUGUAUCGUGGGACUAAAAAAUGCCUUAAAAGCUGCCACUGCCUCUGAGGGCUAUUAAGUACGGACAGGAUAAUGUUUACACAACUACAAAACCAAAAUACUUUUUUAACCACUACAAAACCACAAGGCAUAUUUCUAAUGAAAAAAGUUGCCUAUUGGUUAUUAAGUAAUUUUGAUAUUUGUCAUCAUGCACUAGCAAACCAUUCCUUUUUGGAAGAUAUUUUUGUGACUAACCCUGACAUGUGUCUGAUUUGCAAAUAUUUUCAAUGGUUAUAUGGUAUAUUUCACUAAACAUUUAUGAUAACAUAUUGUAAAGGAAUUUUCAUAUUAGAUUAUUUAAAAAAAAGAAAUGUAUAAUUUUAAUAAAGCUGGAAAUAUCUGGAUUUAGAGGACAGCAAGUGUGUAAUUAAUGUGUAUCAGUAUGUACAGACAUUAAAACCACUACUAAUGA